AUGAAGUCAUCGCGAUCACGUCCUGCCAACUCUACAACCAUACCGUCUCGAUGUACUCGUGUUGGUGGCGGUGAGAAAGUCAUUGCCAGCAUACGACCGAUUUUGCCAUGGAUGGCUGGCUCAUACUUACAUUCGACUUACAUCUACGGCUCAACGUUGAAUGGCUUUGGCACUCGUUCUUGCGAUGUCGACAUGAGUUUGUCGUUCCCUGCUGGUCCACCGAACGGAAAAGUGGUUAUGGGCGGAGUGGUGUGUCCGGAUUUGGUAAUGCGAGAGGUGGCCAAGGCGCUAGUAGACUAUCCAAACGCACGUGACGAACAGUACAUUUGUGCAAAAGUGCCAAUCGUUCCAUCAGCUAUCGUAAUGAUUUGGCCUUGCACACCAAUAGCCCAUUCUGCGCAGUACUGUAAGUGGGACGAGGAUCGUCUGCCCACACUAGGAGUAUGGGUGAAGACGUGGGCGAAACGCUGUGGUGUUGGUGACGCAUCCAAAGGGUCGCUCUCAUCGUACGCGUGGAUUCUGAUGUUGAUACAUUAUCUGCAAAGAACUGAGCCCAUCAGGAUGUUACCGUACUUACAGUUUGGAGUGCAAAAUCCUACAGAUGGCCAGUAUGUGAACGGAUGGAACGUGGAUUUCUGGAAAUUUGUGGAUGUUUUGGAUUACUUCUCCAAUCACUUCCAGUACGACGCUCAUAUCAUCCAAAUUAACACACCUGGCCAAGUCUCAAAGGUUGGCAGAUGGUAUCGAUGUCCGAUGGUGAUCCGAGAUCCUUUCGAACUUGAUCACAAUCUUGCACAAGGAGUCGAUGAUGACAUGUUCCGCUACAUUCGCACAUGCAUGAGGCAUUCUCGAGCUGUGUUCAUGGAUAAAAAUCUGCGUGCUGACUUUCUUUCUACGAAGGGCUUUCGAAGAGGACCAUUCGACACCAUUCGGAUGUCGGACGAUUUGCUCCGAGAAUAUGGCGUGCAUCUUCUUCAUGCAUGUGUACCGGUACAACAGCCUCCGGUACGUCAAUUUCACGGUCGGGAUCGGACAAUGAGCUGUAGCACGAACACGAGCGCUUCGUAG